AGAAGAGUACAGCAGCUGUGGAGGUGGAAACCUGGGAACAAAGAUGUUAGGAUCAUCAUCAAAGAAGUCAUGGUUACAAGAAUGGGACCAUGUGUUUCCUUUAAUAUCAGCUCUAUGUUUGUUCCUUGAUCCUACCUUCUUUUACACACUCUCUCUUAACGAAGAUGGCAUGUGUUUUUUCAUUGAUUCCUGGUUUGCACUCGGCCUCUCGCUUCUCCGAUCAGUUACUGAUGCCUUUCACAUCUGGAAUAUGUGGCAUCACUACCGCAGAUCAACCCCUGCUGCUGCUGUGCAUGGGGUCCGGAGGAGGUGCGGUGGUAUAGCAUUGCAGAAUUUCAAGGGCAAAAUGGUCUUCUUCCUUAAUGCUUUUGUCAUCUUACCUUUGCCACAGGUUGUAAUAUUGAUUGUGGUUCCGGCCAUGUUGAAGAAUGGUGAACAAGCAAGAGCGAUGACUGUAAUGCUCAUAAUAUUUCUGUUCCAAUACUUUCCCAAGAUAUACACUACUGUUUGCUUGUUGCGCCGCAUGCUCUUUCAGUACAUUUUUGGAGCAGCUUGGUGGGGGAUAGGCCUAAAUAUCAUUGCAAUUUUAGUAGCUUCACAUGUGGUGGGAGCAUGUUUCUACUUGCUAGGAACUCAAAGGUCAGCUAGGUGCUUGAUGGAGCAAUGUAUGAAAACAGAGAGUUGUACAUUUAAAGCACUAUCUUGUGAAAAUCCUUUCUCUUUCGGCGGAGCAUAUAAGGUGACAAACAAUAUUAGAAGGUCAUGGGGAAGUAACAAUGAUGCCAGAUCAUGGUGCCUCCAAAGCAGUGAUAAUAGUCGGUAUGAUUACGGAGCCUUCGAAUGGAUCACUCUACUCGUUUGCAAUAACAGCCGUAUUGAGAAGAUGCUUCUUCCGCUCUUUUGGGGCGUCAUGAUGCUGUGCACAUUUGGGAACCUUGGGAGCACUGAUGACUGGUUAGAGAUUGUGUUCAUGAUGAUUGUGACUGCAUGUGGCCUCGUGCUGGUCACCAUUUUAAUGAGCAACAUUAAGGUUUACUUGAUAGCAACAUCAUCUAAGAAACUUGCAAGGAAAGUAAACGUUAACAAUAUCGAAUGGUGGAUGGAGAGGAGGAACAUGCCACAGGGAUUGCGUCAUAGAGUACGUAACUAUGAGCAACACCAUUGGAUUGCAACGCGUGGCAUAGAUGAAGGUGAUGUGAUUCGAAGUCUCCCCGAGGAUCUUAGGAGAGAGAUUAAGUACUAUCUCUGCCUGGAUUUGGUGAGAGAGGUACCUUUGUUCCACCACAUGGAUAGUUUGGUACUGGAGAACAUUUGCGAUAGAGUGAAACCCCUCGUCUUUCCUAAAGGAGAGAUUGUAAUUAAAGAAGGUGAUCCGGUACAUAGAAUGUUAUUCAUCGUAAGAGGCCAUCUUCAAUGCACGCAAGUAGUUAGAGAAGGAGUUAACAGUUGUUGCACCCUAGGCCCAGGAAAUUUUGGCGGGGAUGAGCUAUUGUCUUGGUGCUUAAGGAAGCCAUUUGUAGAAAUUCUCCCACCAUCUUCGUACACGCUUAUAAGUCUUGAAGCAACUGAAGCAUUCGGCCUUGAAGCGGAUGAUGUUCAAUAUGUGACGCAACAUUUCCCCCUGAAUGAAAAGGUGAAAAUGAUUGCUCGAUAUUAUUCCCCUAGUUGGAGGAUCUGGGCUGCUGUUACCAUUCAGCUGGCUUGGCUACGAUACAGGCACCGCUCAACACUUGCAUCACUUCCAUAUAUCAUGCCUAAAGGGCCACUGUUUCGUUCUGCUUCGGUUCGAGAGGAGAGGCUCCGGCUCUUUGCUGCACUGCUGACUUCAUCUAAGCCCCAUCAAGAUAAUAGUGUUCCCUAGAUGAAAUAAUUAGGAACUGAAAACUUCAGACACCUUGUUUCUUUGAUUUUGUAACUUUCUCUCGAAUUAAAUUACAUUUGUAGUUGAAUUGGGAUUUUCGGUUGAUACUAUUAUCCAGUUGCA